AAAGAGGUGGACUUGGGUUGGAUUGUUUGUUGCAGAACUUUGGUUUACUUUAUAUUGGCUUCUAACCGUUGUGGUUAGAUGGAACCCUGUCCGUCGCUUCACCUUCAAAGACAGGCUUUCUUACAGGUACGAUGAUAAAGCAUUGCCAGGCGUGGAUAUCUUUGUAUGCACAGCAGAUCCAGUGAUGGAACCGCCAACAAUGGUGAUCAACACAGUGCUAUCGAUGAUGGCAUAUGAUUACCCACCUGACAAACUAAGUGUGUAUCUGUCAGAUGAUGGUGGAUCGGAUUUAAUAUUUUAUGCUAUGUUAGAGGCGGCGCACUUCUCCAAAGAAUGGCUGCCAUUUUGUAGGAAGUUCAAGGUGGAGCCAAGAUCACCGGAGGCAUAUUUUCGGAUGGCCGCCACCAAUCCACCAUCUCAUGAUUCUUUCAUGACCAAGGAGCGGUUGAUGAUCAAGAUGGGUUUGAAAUACGGCUGUCCGGUGGAGGACAUAAUCACAGGACUGUCUAUACAAUGCAGAGGUUGGAAAUCCGUCUACUUCAUUCCAGAAAGGAAGGCCUUCUUAGGCGUUGCUCGCACAACUCUUUUGCAGAGCCUAAUACAACACAAGAGAUGGUCUGAAGGUGAUUUUCAGAUUUUCCUAUCCAAAUACUGUCCCUUGGUUUAUGGACAUAAAAUGAUCCCUCUGAAACUUCAACUUUCCUAUGGUCCCUACAUCCUAUGGGCUCCCACCAGCUUAGCUAUGCUAUAUUAUGUUGUUGUGCCAUCCCUUUGCCUUCUCAAAGGCAAAGCUUUAUUUCCGCAGAUAUCAAGCCCUUGGGUCCUACCAUUUCCCUGUGUGGUCCUUGCAAACCGAGCAUACAGCCUGUGGGAAUUUCUAGGCUGCGGAGGCACAUUGCAGGGGUGGUGGAAUGAGCAAAGGAUUUGGAUGUUUAAAAGAACAACUUCAUAUUUAUUUGGCUUCCUUAGCACUAUCCUGAAGCAACUGGGAUUAUCUAAGGCAACAUUUACCGUAACAGAAAAGGUGGUGGAUGAGGAUGUGUCUCAGAGAUAUGAGCAAGAGGUCAUGGAAUUUGGCACGAAAUCACCCAUGUUUAACAUUAUAGCAACACUGGCUAUGCUCAACUUGCUCAGCUGCAUUGGGGCAAUAAAAAGGGUUAUAGUCGAUAAAAAGGCCUUGGACCUACUUGCUUUGCAGAUGCUUUUAAAUGGCCUCUUGGUUUGCCUAAACCUGCCGGUAUACAAAGGGCUGUUCUUUCGUAAGGACAGCGGCAGCAUGCCUCCCUUAGUAACACUCCUCUCAAUCAUUUUCGCUAUGUUAGCUGCCACUAUGGUCAUGUACUAAAUUACCCUAAUCACAUGUUAAGAUCAAAAGAAGGUACCUGCUCCCACAGCAAAUGUUUUAGGUUAAUAAAGACUUCAGUCUCUUUGUACACUUGGCUUUUGCAUGAAAGAAGGAACUGCUACACUAUCAAGGAGUAAGAACAAUACACUCAACAAAGUGUCUUCCUGCUACACUUCAACUUUAUAACUUGAAACUGUUGGUUUUUUUAAAACAGAGAAAUGGAGAGAACCGAGAGGAAGAUGAAAAACAGAGCAUAUGCUGAAAUGGAGAGAAGUUUAUGACUUCAGCUCACCUUUUCUCAUUAAUAAACUCUCCUAUAUAUAAGAGAAUACAAUCUUAAUUCAAAAUUCAAACAACUUUCUACAUUAAAAAACAAUAAAGUACAUUUUAAAUUUGAACAAUAACAGCCACUUUUUCCGCAUGCUUGCUGUUACUCUUCAGCCACUUUGCAGCUUUCAUUUCAUUUGCAUUUGAGUUUGCAUUUGCAUUUCAUGUGCAUUUCAUUUGCUGUUUGCAUUUGCUGCCCGUUGCAGCCUCAUUUCAUCAACAUUGCAGCUCAGCUUGCUGCACAUUGUUGCUGUCAUUUUACAGCUUCAUUUUCACCAUAUUUGCAGCUAAAUUGCUGCCAUAUUUGCUGAAAAUUGCAGCUUCAUUUGCUGUCAAUUUUCAGCCUCAUUGCUGCCAUUUCAUGGCAGUUUCAUUUCUUCAUUUCUGCAGAUUUGAUUGCCACGUUUCUAGCAAUAAUUCCAACAGAAACAUCACGCUCUUGCAGCUGGCCUGCAGAAAAUGGAACUUGCACUUUGGGUGGUAAUACAUGCGGCAGAAUUUC